UGUUAGGCAUUUGUACUUCCUCGUAAUUGGUAAAUAAAUGUAGUGGGUGAGCAGGGUUUUACAUGUGCCUUUAUUGCUUUGUAAAUUGCACAAGUUUAUGUAUAAGAUGUAUCUUUAAAAAAUUUGGUAGUGUUACUAAUAAAGUUGGACAAAGUACUAAGUGUACCAUUAUAAUUAUUUGUUAUAAACCGCAAGGGUCCCUAUUUGGUUAGAGCCUCUCAUUAUUCAUCGCAAACUGCCACAUUUUGUUUAUUACGAGAAUACGACGAGUACAUUACAUAUACACUCUAGUGGUUCUAUAGUUUGGGUAGCGCCUCUCAUUGUUCGUAGUAUGAACAACACCGCCAACAAAAACCGCCACAUGGUGGCGAUACCUUAUCCCGGCAGAGGCCACGUAAACCCCAUGUUUAACUUAUGUAAGCUUAUCCUAACAAAAUCCAAUGAUAUCCUCGUCACUUUUGUUGUCACUGAAGAAUGGCUUGGCUUCCUCAGCUCUGAGUUCCCACAUCCACCGGCUAACUUCCAGUUCGCUUCGCUUCCUCAGGUCAUACCUUCAGAAAUAGGCCGAUCCGCCGAUUUUCCCGGGUUCAUAGAAGCUGUACUGACCAAGCUCCAGGACCCCUUCGAGCGGCUCCUAGACCGACUCGAGCCGUCACCAACAGCUAUUGUUUAUGACAUGAUGUUGUAUUGGAUUGUCGGUGUUGGGAAUCGUAGGAAUAUUCAGGUGGCAACGCUUGUUACGUUCUCGGCUUCCUUCUUAUCUGUUGUUUCUCACUUCGACUUGUUGAUCCAACAUGGUCAUUUCCCCGCUGAUGUAUCUGAAAGAGGAGAUGAGAUUGUGGACUAUAUUCCGGGCCUGCCUUCAAUAACUAUAGCGGAUUUGCCAACAUUCUACCAUGGAGAUGGCAGGAAGACGUUACACCGUGUACGUGAAGCAGUUUCUGCUAUGGGCAAUGCACAGUAUAUUCUGUCCACAUCUAUCUAUGAAUUUGAAGAGCAAGUGAUAGAUUGCCUUAAAUCAAAAUUUCCUAUUCGAAAUUAUAACAUUGGUCCAAUGAUACCAUACUUCAACCUUACUAGUGAAUUAGUCGGAGAUUCUAACAACGAGGAGUACUACUUCAAGUGGUUGGAUUCUCAACCAAGAGGCUCAGUGUUGUACAUUUCUCAAGGAAGUUUUCUUUCAGCCUCAAAUGAUCAAAUCCAAGAGAUUGUCGCGGGCAUUAAGGAGAGUUGUGUCAAGUUCAUGUGGGUAACACGCGGUGAUAAUUCAAGAUUCAAAGAUGGAGACAUUAGUGAUCAACUCGGAAUUUUAGUACCUUGGUGUGAUCAAUUAAGGGUGUUGUGUCACCCUUCUAUAGGAGGAUUUUGGACGCAUUGUGGGUGGAAUUCGACUUCAGAAGGUAUAUAUGCUGGUGUUCCUAUGCUCACUUGUCCUAUAUUUUGGGAUCAAACUCUCAACAGCAAGUUCAUUGUGAAUGAUUUGAAGAUUGGAUGGAGAAUGAUAAAUAAUGACGCGGGAAAAUUAGUUUCAAGGCAGGAAAUAGCACAACUUGUAAAAAAAUUUAUUGACCUGGAAAAUGGUGAUCGAAAGGAGAUGGUUAGAAGAGCAACAGAGUUACGAGAUACUUUUAGAAAGGCAAUUGUCGAUGGAGGUUCAGCUGCUUCUGACCUUGGAGCUUUUAUCAACAGGAUUGGUAAUGCAUAAGUAAGGUUCAUGAAAUU